AUGCGCGUCGACUCCAGAGAAGACGACGAGGAAGAAGAGAUCGGACAGGAAGACGCGUGGGUCGUCAUCAGUUCCUUCUUCGAGGAGAAGGGUUUGGUGCGCCAACAACUCGACUCUUUCAAUGAGUUCAUCCAGCACACGAUGCAAGAGAUUGUCGAUGAGAUGCGGGAGAUUGAGUUGACGCCAGAACAUCAACACAUGCCCGGACAGGAUAUCGAUUCGAUGGAGAAGAAGACGUACAAGAUUAGCUUUAACCAGAUUUACCUCAGCAAGCCGAUGGUGACCGAGGCGGAUGGAUACACCACAACGCUGUUCCCAAAGGAAGCGAGAUUGCGUAAUCUCACGUAUUCGGCGCCGUUGUACGUCGAUAUGGUGAAGGAAGUCACGACGGUGCAACCGGACGGGGAAACGACGGUGGAGAAGGAGAUUUUGAACAAAAACUUCAUCGGCAAGGUUCCGAUUAUGCUGCGCUCUGAUUACUGUUCGCUUCACGGACACACGGACAAGGAGUUGACCGAGCUCGGGGAGUGCCCGUACGAUGAGGGUGGUUAUUUCGUCAUCAACGGUAGCGAGAAGGUGCUCAUCGCGCAGGAGCGUAUGAGUACAAACCACGUGUACGUGUUCGAGAAGAAGCAACCGAGCAAGUUUAUGUGGCAGGCUGAGUGCCGCAGUCAACCGGAGCGCGGGUCUCGCGGCGCGAGCUCGUGCGUGAUGCGACAACUUCACGCCCCGGGGACUAAGGACGCGCCUGGUCCGAUUCGAUGUACGCUACCGUACAUUCGAACGGAUAUUCCCAUCUUCGUCGUGUUCCGCGCUCUCGGCUUCGUCGCAGACAAGGAUAUCUUGGAGCACAUCGUGUACGAUCUCGCGGACAAUGAAAUGAUGGAGAUGUUGAGGCCGUCUAUCGAAGAGGCUUUCGUGAUCCAAUCGCAAGAAGUGGCGCUCGAUUUCAUCGGUAAGCGUGGAUCCGCCGUCGGCGUUUCUCGCGAGAAGCGGAUCAAGUACGCAAAGGAGAUUUUGCAAAAAGAGCUACUUCCCCACGUCGGCGUGCGUGAGGAUUGCGAAACGAAGAAGGCGUACUUUUUGGGUUACAUGAUUCACCGUUUGUUGCUGUGCUCUCUCGGACGCCGUCCGGAAGACGAUCGUGAUCACUACGGCAAUAAGCGUUUGGAUCUCGGCGGUCCGUUGUUGGCACAAUUGUUCCGACAAUUGUUCCGCAAACUUACCAAGGACGUGCGUCUGUACUGCCAACGCUGCAUUGACAGCGGCAAGGAAAUUCAGCUCCAGCUCGCGAUCAAGGCGAAAACGAUCACUCAGGGCUUGAAGUAUUCCCUCGCCACCGGUAACUGGGGAUCGCAAGGAGCUGCAGAUAUUCGGGCAGGUGUCAGCCAAGUGCUAAACCGCCUUUCGUAUUCGUCCACCUUGUCGCAUCUUCGUCGCAUCAACUCUCCGAUCGGUCGUGAGGGUAAAUUGGCCAAGCCUCGUCAGCUGCACAACUCAUUGUGGGGUAUGAUUUGUCCCGCGGAGACUCCCGAAGGCCAAGCUGUCGGUUUGGUGAAGAACCUCGCGCUCAUGGCUCUCGUUUCCGUCGGUUCUCCCUCGGAGCCGAUCUUGGAGUUCUUGGACGAGUGGACCAUGGAAAACUUGGAAGAAAUCUCUCCGUCGUUGAUUGCUGAGUCGACGAAGAUUUUCCUGAACGGCGUGUGGGUUGGCGUGCAUCGGAACCCGGCGGAUUUGGUCAGAACGCUGCGCAAGCUUCGCCGUCAGUGUGACAUCGAUUCUUCAGUGAGUGUCGUGCACGACAUUCGGUUGAAAGAGCUUCGAUUGUACACCGAUUACGGUAGAUGUACGCGUCCGCUCUUCAUCGUCGAGGACGAUCAAAAACUCAAGAUCAAAAAGCAACACAUCGAAUUGUUGACGGAGAAGGACGUCACAGGGUACACCUGGAACGAACUCGUCACGUCGGGUUUUAUCGAGUACGUCGACACUGAAGAAGAGGAAACGACCAUGAUUUCCAUGACCAUCGAUGAUCUUGUUGCCGGUCGCCACGCGGUCGAGCAAAACACCGGCGUUGCGAUCAACUACACGCACUGCGAGAUUCACCCGUCGAUGAUUCUUGGCAUCUGUGCCUCCAUUAUUCCCUUCCCCGACCACAACCAGUCGCCGCGUAACACUUAUCAAAGUGCGAUGGGUAAGCAAGCGAUGGGGAUGUACGUGACGAACUACCAAAUCCGCAUGGAUACCCUCGGUUACGUCAUGUUUUACCCGCAAAAGCCACUUGUCACGACGCGCGCCAUGGAAUACUUGCACUUCCGCGAGCUUCCCGCUGGUUGCAACGCCGUUGUCGCCAUCAUGUGCUACACCGGUUACAACCAAGAAGAUUCCGUGCUCAUGAACCAAAGCGCCAUCGAUCGCGGCUUGUUCCGUUCUCUCUACUACAGAUCGUUCAAAGACGAGGAGAAGAAGCAAGGCAGCUUGAGCCGAGAAGAGUUCGAGAGACCAGACAGAGACACGUGCUUGGGUAUGCGUCACGGCACUUACGACAAACUCGAUGACGAUGGUUUGAUUUGCCCGGGUACGCGCGUGAGUGGUGAUGAUAUCAUCAUCGGUAAGACGGCGCCGCUUCCCGAAGAUGACACCGCCGUGCUGUCCAAGCGCUUCUCGAAGAAGGAUUGCUCCACGGGCAUGAAGCACGCGGAGACUGGCAUCAUCGAUCAAGUGCUGCUCACGACGAACGAUCAAGGUUUACGUUUCGUCAAGCUUCGCGUCCGCUCGAUGAGAACGCCGCAGGUUGGCGACAAGUUUUCUUCGCGUCACGGGCAGAAGGGUACCGUCGGCAUGACGUACACGCAAGAAGACAUGCCGUUCACGUGCGAGGGUAUCACGCCCGAUAUCAUCGUGAACCCUCACGCUAUUCCUUCGCGGAUGACAAUCGGUCAGCUCGUGGAGUGUAUCAUGGGCAAGGUUGCGGCGUGCAUGGGCAAGGAAGGGGACGCUACGCCAUUCACCCCGGUUACUGCAGAAGACAUCUCUUCGAUGCUGCACAAGUGUGGCUACCAAAAGCGUGGUAACGAAGUCAUGUACAACGGUCACACGGGGCGCAUGCUGGACGCGCAAAUCUUCAUCGGUCCGACGUAUUACCAGCGCUUGAAGCACAUGGUAGACGAUAAGAUUCACUCGCGCGGGCGCGGGCCGGUGCAAAUCUUGACUCGUCAACCGAUGGAGGGCCGCUCGAGAGAUGGUGGUCUUCGUUUCGGGGAAAUGGAACGAGAUUGCAUCAUGAGUCAUGGUGCUGCCUCUUUCCUCAAGGAACGAUUGAUGGAUCAAUCCGACGCUUACAGAAUCCACGUUUGCCAAAAGUGCGGGUUGAUUGCCGUGGCCAACUUGAAGAACCAAACGUUUGAGUGCUGCAAGAACCCGAGCGAACGUACGUCGGUCGUCCAAGUCAUGGUUCCGUACGCUUGCAAACUUCUGUUCCAAGAGCUCAUGAGUAUGGCGAUCGCCCCGAGACUCAUCACCGGUUAA